AUGGCGCAUGUUCGAUCCCAUCAGUCGGGCUCAUCCUUCGGAUCAUCGCCAUCACCAGAUGCGCAAGAUGGCCCUAAUAAGGAGAAAACAUCACUGCUCGGUUUUAUCAAAAAAACAUGGCAGAAAACGGGGUUGGACAGACCCACCAUCCUCUUGAUGAUGAAAGGCGGUAUCCCACCCACAAUAGCAGUUUCUAUCUACCAAUCCAAGCCUGUUGCCAAUGAGUACACAACCUUGGGCUAUCUCGUGGCUAUCGUCUCUAUUCUGGGCUUUGCGAUCAUGCCCCGCGCAAGAUUUAUCCAGAUGAUGAUCUUUGACGUUUUGGCUGUCUGCAUAGCAGCCUGUUUGGCUCUGUUGACAAUGUUUUGCAGUGUCAGGGCGCGUCAACACACCGCUGAUAACCCCAAUGAUGCAUACAAUUCGUCUGCAUCUGCAGUCAGUGGUUUGUGGCUGUUCAUCCAAAUCUGGAUGGUUCACACCUUCCGCGCCAAAUACCCGCAGUUGCAAUUCCCUGUUAUCAUUUACGCAAUCUUCGCGAAUAUUUCUUCGAUAUACGCCCCGCAAAUGAAGAACAUGACAGCUGCAUUUGCCAUGGUGGGCCAAUUGCUUAAAUCAUGCCUUACCGGCCUCGGAAUUUCAACAGCAACGUCACUAUUCAUCCUUCCGAUGACGUCACGGCAGGUAGUCUUCAAACAAAUGGCAGGCUACAUUGGCGGGCUUCGCUCAGCUUUGAAUGCCCAUGCUCUAUACUUCCAAUCACUGGAAAGAGAUGACAUGUUCGGGCGCACGGAGACAUAUGAUGACGCCCGUGAGAAGUUUGGCAAGAAGGGAAAGAUCUACAGUCCCGAGGCAGAAGCCAUCCGCGGUGCGGUGCGACAGAUCACAGAUAUCCACGCAAAACUCCACGGUGAUCUCACAUUUGCGAAGCGUGAGGUUGCAUUAGGAAAAUUGGGACCUGAUGAUCUUCAGGCCAUCUUCCGCCAUCUUCGCCAGAUCAUGAUCCCGGUUGUGGGGUUAAGCUUCGUGGUGGAUAUCUUUCAGCGACUGUCAGACUAUAACAGAUGGAAUCAGCCCAUUGAUCUAAAUGAGCCGGUAGUCCCAGAGGAUAUCCGACAGCGCGUUGUGCGCGAGUGGAAUGAUAUCAUGAGGGCGGUGCACGAUCCUUUCGCAGUGAUGAUCCAAACUAUUGAUGAGGGAUUGCUACAUACGUCCUAUGUUUUCGGGCUUACAAAGCCACCCAAACGCAAAGCUACAGCCAAAUCCUCAGAUGAGAAUUCAACAGAGGGAGGCGAAGAUGUCGAGGCCACAGCCGAAGACACUGCUCCUGGAGAAAAAGCAUUUACCCAGCAUUUUGAAAAGAAACUUGGCGAAUUUCGAAGCGCGAAACGCCUUGCUUUGCAAACAUGGGCUGAGGAGAAAGGCGUCACGCUCCCGCCCGACUUUUUCGACCACCCUACUUCGCCUAAAGCAUUGAAUACCGAUUUUUUGGACACCUCGGCUACACAAAAAGAGCGAAGCCGACGACAGCUGUAUCUAUUUCUCUAUAUGGAGCAAUUGCUGUACUCGACUGGUCAAACCGUCCUCGAUUUUGUCCGCUAUGCCAAUCAUGUUGAGGCAAAAGGGAAGCUAUCAAAAACUCGACUAGUCAUUCCUGGCGGUAAGCGAGUGUGGAAGUGGGCCAAGUCCUUUUUGAGUGCUCAGGAUCACGAAGAUGAUAAUAUGGGUGACAUUCAUACACAAAACAACAUCCUUCAGCUUGGCGAAGCAUAUAAACUGCGCAAAGACCCCGAGCACUUACCACCGACUACUCUUUUUGAGAGGAUUGGAGACAAAGUUCGGGUUAUCCCGGGGUUCCUUCGUUCAUUUGAGUCGACCUACGGAUUCCGUGUUGCCUGCGCCACCAUGACAAUUGCAGUAAUCGGGUUCCUACGCGAUACCCAGACCUUCUUCACUGCGCAAAGAUUGGUGUGGGCGUUGAUCAUGAUCAAUCUCAGCAUGUCUCCCACAUCAGGACAGAGCAUUUUCAGUUUCGUGUUGCGGAUUUUGGGUACAUUCCUUGCAAUGGUAGCAUGUCUUCUGAUCUGGUAUAUUCCAGGUAAACAUACACCGGGUAUUAUCGUUUUCCUGUUUAUCUUUGUAUCCAUCGCCUUCUACAUCCCCAUCAAGAUGUUCCGCUUCCGGGCUGUCGGGAUCAUCAGCAUCAUCACUACAAGCAUGAUCAUCGGAUAUGAGCUCCAAGUUCGCCGAGUCGGUGAGGCAGUCGCGACAUCCAACGGGCAGCCCUUCUACCCUAUUUACCUCUUGGCACCUUAUCGCCUGGCUGUUGUCGCUGGAGGUAUUGCUGUCGCAUUUAUUUGGACAUUCUUCCCAUAUCCAAUCUCUGAGCAUUCAGUUCUCCGUCAAAGUCUUGGGGCAUCUUUGUAUCUUCUGGCAAACUACUACUCGAUUAUCCACGAGACGAUAUCCGGCCGCAUGCGUGGUGAUGAGGGUGAAUACCUACUCAAGACCUCUUCCGGUCGCAAACUCGAGAAAGCGCGACACAAAGUUUUCUCAAAGCAGAUGCUUAUGCUAGCCGGCUUACGGACAUACUCUGGGUUUCUUCGCUGGGAGGUUCCAGUUGGAGGUCGAUUCCCCAAGAAGCAGUAUGAUUCCAUUAUUCUCUGUGUAGAAAAUAUCGUGAACUACCUCAGCUUGCUGGGCUACGCAUCUGAUACACUUAUGAACCUCGGCGACGAAGAUCCUGCAGAUACCGCCUGGAUGACCGAUUUCCGACGGCUGAUCAACACUGCUAAAGUGACAACUCACGAGGUCACAUCUUUGCUCUGCCUUCUCUCUGCUAGCAUUACGAACCGACAACCUUUGCCGCCGUAUCUCAAAGCACCCCGUCCGUACAGCUUCACGAAGCGACUUAUGGAACUCGACAGUGACCUUCUUAGCCUCCGACACAUUGCUGAGCCGGGAUUCGCGGCAUUUGCAGUUCUCCAGAUCUCGACCCGCUGCAUUGUCGGUGAUAUGGACAGAUUACUCCGGCUUGUCAAAGGCUUAGUCGGCGAAUUAGAUUUCUCUUUCCACGCUGUAAGCACAGGAGAGUCAAUGGCCGAGUCGCGAAUGCCCUCUCGGGCAGGAUCAAGGACGGAUCUGAGCGAGUAUGCAUCAUCGCAACGUGGUGAUCGGCACAAGAACGAUUGA